GGGAUUCCGAUUGCUACGGAAGUAGGUAGGUAGGAAAGCACGCAGCCCUUGUUAAUUUCCACCGCUCUGCGUUGGGCGGAGAAGCUCACACCUGUGGAGAAACCGGGUUUGUCGGAGAAGCCCGGAUGGAGGCGCUAAUGCCCCCCCCGCAGAUUUACGUGGAAAGAACACUGGCCAUUAUCAAACCGGACGUUGUGGACAAGGAAGAGGAGAUCGAAGAUAUCAUCCUCAAGUCCGGGUUCACCAUUGUGCAGAGAAGAAAACUUCGUUUUAGCCCUGAACAGUGUAGCAACUUUUAUGUGGAACAGUAUGGGAAAAUGUUUUUCCCUAAUCUAACAGCAUACAUGAGUUCGGGUCCACUCGUUGCCAUGAUAUUAGCCAGACAUAAUGCAAUCUCUCACUGGCUAGAUCUUAUGGGACCAUUCAAUAGCUUCAAAGCUAAGGAGACACACCCAGACAGUCUAAGGGCAAUCUAUGGAACAGAUGACCUAAGGAAUGCACUUCAUGGAAGUAAAAAUUUUGCAGCAGCAGAAAGAGAAAUUCGAUUCAUGUUUCCUGAAGUGGUUAUUGAGCCCAUCCAGUCUGGAGACGCUGCUAAAGAUUACCUGAAUUUGUACGUAAAUCCAACUCUGUUGGCCGGUCUCUCAGAGCUUUCUAAGCACAAACCAGCAGAUCCCUUUAUUUGGCUGGCUGAUUGGUUGCUUAAAAAUAAUCCCAACAAACCUAAAUUCUAUCACCAAGAAAUUGUGGAAGAAUCUAAUGAAAAUAAAACAUACUGAAGAACUAAUCGAGAAUUAUCCUGUUAUUCUAAAGGACUUUUAUUCAACUGACCUUUUGUUAA